UUGGAUGGCCAAAGAUCAUUUUUCGUGUUCCAUACCUAAUCUCGAGUAUCGACACAUAAUUAAUAUAAAUCCAAAUCUAAAUAACAUGUCACCAAAUAAAUGGAAGAAGAUUUUUAACCAAUACAAAAGCGACAAUAAUGGUUUAAUCUCCGAAAUGCAAUUACAGAAAUUAUUAUACGAAGAGUUCCACGUAUUUCUCACAAUUCGCAAUGCAAGGAAAUAUAUAGCGGCACUUAUAUCCAAUACCCCUAUACCUGAGGAAAGCCGUAAUAUCGGACUGAGCCUAUUGAAAAAAAUGAGACCGAUAAUAUUUGUUUUGUCACAGAGAGAAGAGGAGAUUGGAAAUAAUGACAUUUCGACAGAAGUUUUCUUGGACGUAAUAGCGAGUUUUUUUUCGGAAAUGUUCUUAGACAAGAAAGAAGUUUUAGAAAUACUCAAAGUUUUCGGCCAUGACGAAAAUUUACCAAUUAAAUUGACGGAGUACCACGAAAUAAUAAAAAUGUUGACGGCUUCGCUACAGAUGGCACGUAUACACAAGGAUUUUUGUUUAUUUAACGACGACCCUAACAUUGAUUUUCUUCAAUAUAUACGUAAACAUUGGCUGUUCAGCGAUGAGUCUGCGUAUAUCAUACCUAAGCUCGAGAAUCGACGCAUGAUUAACAUAAAUCCAAAUCUGAAUAACUUAUCAACAAAUAACUGGAAGAAGAUUUUUAACGAAUACGACAGCGACAAUGGUGGUUCAAUCUCCGCAAUGGAAUUACAGAAAUUACUAUACGAAGAGUUCAAAGUAUUUAUUACCAUUCGCCAAGCAGAGGAAUAUACAUAUUUAAUUUAUUUACAGGAAAACCAUAAAAUAGAACUGAAACAUGGGAAAAAAAUGGAUUCGAUAAUAAAAGUGAAAAUAAACGAUGAAAUAGAAUUGGAAAAUGGGGAAAAAAUGGAACCGAUAUUAAACGAGAAAUUGAACCAAGAAAUAGGAUUGAAACAUGGGGAAAAAAGAGAGCCGAUAAUAAACGAGAAAAUAAACCAUGAAAUAGGAUUGGAACAUGUCGAAAAAAAGGAACCGAUAUUAAACGUGAAAAUAAACUAUGAAAUAGGAUUGGAACAGGUUGAAAAAAUGGAACCGAUAAUAUAUAUUUUGUCACAGAGAAAAAUUGAAGAGAAUGAAAGUUUUAUUAAAAAUAACAAAAUUUUGACUGAAGAUUUUGUGAACAUAAUAGAGAAAAAGUUUCCGGUGAUGUGGAACAAGAAUGAAGUUUUAGAAGUACUCAAAGUGGUCGGCCAUGACGAAAAAUUGCCAAUUGAAUUGACGGUGUACCACGAACUACUAAGAAUGUUGCCGGCUUCGGAACGGAUGGCGCUUAUAUACCAUGAUUAUAAAUCUCAUAGCGGUAUAAAUAAAUACAAAGCUUUGGUUAGUUUUCCCACAUGGAUAUAUCGCAGUGAGCUGUACAGAGAGAUACCUGGUUCUUACGCAUUUAAACUCCACAAUCGACUUAAGAGUGUAAUUUGCCUUUGAAAAAUAUAACAUUUUGUAAUAGAUACUGAUGUUAUGUUAAGUUUUUCGUAUAUUAUUAUUUUGU